AUGGCUGCCAACACUAUCAGCUUGAAGCUUCUAGCCGAGUCGACGAGCCAAAGGGUUCUGUUUGCUGAAGCCGGGAAAGAUUUUGUUGAUUUUCUUUUCAACAUUCUGUCGUUGCCCGUCGGGACCGUCGUAUCGGUCUUCACAAAACAAGAAAUGGUGGGCUGCCUCGGAAGCCUUUACCACAGCCUCGAGACAAUGAAUGAUACCUACAUUCAGCCAGCAGUAAACAAAGACAUCCUUUUGAGGCCUGCAGUUUCCAACAAUGCUGCAACUGUGCCUCCCUUGUUGCCAAUAUCCAAUUCUUCGAAGACCAUCGAAAUUUAUAGGUGUGGGAAUAAUUACAACAUAAGAAGCUGCGCCGUUGUUAAUCCACAAAAGAAGGAUUCAUCCAGUGAUGAGGAAGGGUAUGUCAAAGGGGUCAUUACUUGCAUGAUCAUGGAUGAUCUGGUUGUACAGCCCAUGUCGGCUAUUUCUUGUAUUACUCUGCUCAAUAAGUUCGAUAUCAAGGAUAUCGGAGUUCUUGAAGAGAAAACCAUUGAUGUAGGAAUGGCUGAGUGUGAAGUUGCUGAAGGAAUCAUUGCAGGCCAAAACUGUGCUCACUGA